CCUCUCCCGGACGACCCAGGCAGCGGAGGCCCGGGCUAGUGCGCUCCUUGGCCGGCCACCGCCAAGGCGCUCCCCGCGGGCAGGCUUCAUGGCGGCGAGGCCCGUGUCCCGGAUGCUGGAGCGGCUCGUGCGGUCCAGUGUCCGGGGCUGCAGCUCGGGGGCUCCUGUGACGCAGCCCCACCCCGGGGAGCCCUCCCAACCCGCCACAGAGGACCUGUCCAGGAAGAGGCCAUUUCUGAAGGAGCACGUGGCCCCUUUCUCCACCUUCCUCACAGACAACUUUGGCCGGCAACACAACUACCUGCGGAUCUCCCUCACUGAGAAGUGCAACCUCCGAUGCCAAUACUGCAUGCCUGAAGAGGGUGUCCCCUUAACCCCCAAGGCUGACCUGCUGACUACAGAGGAGAUCCUGACCCUUGCCCGGCUUUUUGUGAAAGAAGGUGUUGAUAAGAUCCGGCUCACAGGUGGAGAGCCUCUCAUCCGACCAGAUGUGGUGGACAUUGUGGCCCAGCUGCACCGGCUGGAAGGGCUGAAGACCAUCGGGGUCACCACCAAUGGCAUCAACCUAGCACGGCUGCUGCCCGCACUUCAGAAAGCAGGUCUCACUGCCAUCAACAUCAGCCUGGACACCCUGGUGCCAGCCAAGUUUGAGUUCAUCGUCCGCAGGAAAGGCUUCCACAAGGUCAUGGAGGGCAUCCACAAGGCCAUCGAGCUGGGCUACAGCCCUGUGAAGGUGAACUGCGUGGUGAUGCGAGGUCUGAACGAGGACGAGCUCUUGGACUUCGUGACCCUGACCAAGGGACUCCCCCUGGACAUACGCUUCAUAGAGUACAUGCCCUUUGACGGCAACAAGUGGAACUUUAAGAAGAUGGUCAGCUACAAGGAGAUGCUGGACACCAUCCGGCAGCAGUGGCCAGAGCUGGAGAAGCUGCCAGAGGAGGAAUGCAGCACAGCCAAGGCCUUCAGAAUCCCCGGCUUCCUAGGCCAGGUCAGCUUUAUCACAUCCAUGUCUGAGCACUUCUGUGGGACCUGCAACCGCCUGCGGAUCACAGCUGAUGGGAACCUCAAGGUGUGCCUCUUUGGGAACUCGGAGGUAUCACUGCGGGACCACCUGCGGGCAGGGGCCUCUGAGGAGGAGCUGCUGAAAAUCAUUGGGGCUGCAGUGGGCAGGAAGAAGCCACGUCAUGCAGGCAUGUUCAGUAUUUCCCAGAUGAAGAACCGGCCCAUGAUCCUCAUCGAGUUAUUUUUGCUGCUCCAAGAUUCUUCCCCACCAGCCAGCCUGAGCAUUUUCUCCCGGGACCCCCUCCAUGUUCAGGGUCUGAGACCCACAGUGAGUUUUUCCAGCCAGAUGGCAACUUUUUGGAAAGGACGUGGCAUCCCCCAGACCCCUUCGUGGAUGGGUUCUGGCUGCCCUCAGAGACACUACAGCUCCCAUGCAGACUCGGACACCAAUUCAAAGUGCCUUAGCCCAGGGUCCCGGGUUCCUGCUGCCCACUCAGGACCCUGGUCGACCUCAGACCAGCUAACACAUGUGGACUCGGAAGGACAGGCAGCGAUGGUAGAUGUGGGUGGGAAACCAGAUACGGAGCGGGUGGCCGUGGCCUCAGCUGUGGUCCUCCUGGGGCCUGUAGCCUUCAAGCUUGUCCAACAGAACCAGCUAAAGAAGGGAGAUGCCCUGGUGGUGGCCCAGCUGGCUGGAAUCCAGGCGGCCAAGAUCACCAGCCAGCUCAUUCCUCUGUGCCACCAUGUGGCCCUGAACCAUGUCCAGGUGCAGCUGGAGCUGGACAGCUCACGCCAUGCAGCAGUGAUCCAGGCCACUUGUCGGGCUCGGGGCCCCACCGGGGUGGAGAUGGAGGCGCUGACCUCUGCUGCGGUGGCCGCCCUCACCCUGUAUGACAUGUGCAAGGCUGUCAGCAGGGACAUCGUGGUGGAGGAGGUCAAACUCAUCAGCAAGACUGGAGGCCAGCGGGGGGACUUCCAUCGGGCUUAGAGCCUGUCCCUUUGCUGAGAGAUGAUUUAUAAUAACCUGUGAAGUCCCCUUUAUGCAGAGAGGAUGCCAUAGACCUUUAAGUCUUCCAAGGACACUGAGGUAAUGGAGGGGACUACAGAGAGCAUCACCAGGUGACAGGAAAACCAGGACAUGUUAUUUAUGAACUGUUGGAGACACUAGCUUUGGGAAACCCAACCCGUAACUACUCAUUUUGGGUUCUCUCUUCCCCUGGUUCCUGGGGAGAAAAUAAGGGCUCAUUAAGCAGAGGAACCCACUUUGAGAAGGGAAAAGCACAAGCUUGCUUAAGAAUGUGUCACAGCUUCUCUCCAAUAGUGUGGCCUUCCCGAUCUCAUGUGGCCACAGCCCUGUGCUGUCCCUCCGUUCCUGCCAUCCCUCUUUCUAAAGAACCAGUUGCCCCUUCCUUUGGCCCUAGUCUGUGGCUGAUGCCACCUACAGGCUUUGGACUUAACAAUUGCACUGACCCGCCAGCUCCCUUUCCUUGUCCCCCUCUUACACAGAAUGCACGUGUUGGGGUACCCUGGGGACCCUUGGCUGACUGCUUACCCCACACCUGCUCACUGCCUUCCACCCACACCCACCUUUUUAUUCUGGAACAUGUCAGGGAAAGAAGAGAGUUGAAGAUAGACCUUCGCCCUCAACACAAAUAAAGCCACGGUGCCAAAUUUGGAGAGGCAAGAACAAAGACUGUA